UUGUAGCAUUAACACGUCAUGAUUUUGGCGCGAAAAUAUUCGGCGGAGUCCUGAGCAGGCUAGGGUAUUGCGAGGAAAGCAGAACAAGCAAGAACAUGGGACGAAGCAAAAAAAAACCCAAGCCUUACAGAAAACAAUCUGAAUCAAAUCAGCCUAAAGAUGGAUCCUGUAUAUUUGUGAAGCUUGACAAGGGAGUGUGGUGGCCAGGAUAUGCCUCGGAGGGAAAAGGCUACUUCUAUGAUGAAGAUGAAUACAUAACCCUCAACAAAUCUAAUUGGAAAUAUACAGUCAGUGAUGAACAGCUGAGGAAAUCACUAGACAAACUGAAAGGUAGAAAUAAAAGGAAAUUUUUUGAUGAUUUGGAAGCAACAAAGUCAAAGAAAGGCAGUGGAAUGACCGGACAUGCUGAUGGACAAGAAGAGAUAGUAGAUGAUAACAUUGAUGAACAAGAAAGGCUUGAAGAGAAUAGCAAGGUAGAUGAUGACCAAGAGAAGAUAUUGGAGGAUGGACAGAUGAAGGACGAUGACCACGAGAAGAUUGUGAAGGAUGGACAGAUGAUGGAUGAUGACCAAGAGAAGAUUGUGAAGGAUGGACAGAUGAAGGACGAUGACCAAGAGAAGAUUGUAAAGGAUGGACAAAUGGUGGAUGAUGACCAAGAGAAGAUUGUGAAGGAUGGACAAAUGGUGGAUGAUGACCAAGAGAAGAUUGUGAAGGAUGGACAGAUGAUGGAUGAUGACCAAGAGAAGAUUGUGAAUGAUGGACAGAUGAAGGAAGAUGACCAAGAGAAGAUAGUGGAGGAUGGACAGAUGAUUGAUGAUGACCAAGAGAAGAUUGUGAAGGCUGGACAGAUGAUUGACGAUGACCAAGAGAAGAUUGUGAAGGAUGGACAGAUGAAGGACGAUGACCAAGAGAAGAUUGUGAAGGAUGGACAGAUGAUGGAUGAUGACCAAGAGAAGAUUGUGAAGGAUGGAAAGAUGAUGGAUGAUGACCAAGAGAAGAUUGUGAAGGAUGGACAGAUGAUGGAUGAUGACCAAGAGAAGAUUGUGAUGGAUGGACAGAUGAAGGACGAUGACCAAGAGAUGUUGGUGGAGGAUGGAGAGUUAGCAGAUGAUGAACUAGAAUGGAGAUCAGAUGAUGAACUAGAAAGGAGGUCAGAUUAUGAACUAGAAUGGAGGUCAGAUGAUGAACUAGAAAGGAGGUCAGAUUAUGAACUAGAAAGGAGGUCAGAUUAUGAACUAGAAAGAAUAUCAAAUGAUGAACUAGAAUGGAGAUCAGAUGAUGAACUAGAAAGGAGGUCAGAUGAUGAACUAGAAAGGAGGUCAGAUUAUGAACUAGAAAGGAGGUCAGAUUAUGAACUAGAAAGAAUAUCAAAUGAUGAACUAGAAUGGAGAUCAGAUGAUGAACUAGAAAGCAUAACACUAACAGAUGGUCAUGAUGGAAACAUGAGUUUCAGAUAUGAUGGAAACAUGGUCAUGCUGAAGGAAAACAGAGAAGCCUUUAGUGCUGUUAAAGAAAAGCCGGAUCUGGAGGAAGUAAUGGAUUCUUGCAGCGAGGACAGCAACUGCUCGCUGAUUUGGCCCAUAUUGAGUGUUAGUCUGAGAAAGACCAGAAUCUUAAAGAGAUGGAAAACCAAUGACUCACAUAAAGACAGUGAUAGUAGUGUUCAUGACUAUGAUUCUAACAGCAGAGACCCUUCUUAUAAGCCACAGAAGCAUGAUAGACUUGAUGAUGGGUAUGUAUACAUGCAAUGAACAAAAAUAUGUAAAACUUGCAUGAAAUGGUCACAUAAAAUUACAAAUGGAUGUUUAUACCAUUUACACAAUCAGCAUAAUUAUUUGUCAGAGAUUUCAUAAACUCCUGCAAAUAACUUGCAUUCAUGUUGUUAAUAAUUGUCAAGUGCAGUUUUAGACUUCAAAUUUUUGUGUAAAAUUUUGGCUUCAUGCAUUUCAAUAGAUAUUUUACACAAUUCAAAUUUAAGAUGCUGUAUUCGUUUCCUUGACCAAUUUAUAUCUCAAACUGUGAAACACAUUUUUCCUGUCAGGAUCAAGAAUCAAAAUGUCAACUUUAUGAUGAAUAUCAAGAUUUCUCUCUGUCAAGUUUGUGAGGAAUAUUACCUUAAACUUUCUCUCUGGCAAGUUUGUGAGGAAUAUUACCUUAGAACUUUCACUCUGGCAAGUUUGUGAGGAAUAUUACCUUAAACUUUCUCUCUGACAAGUUUGUGAGGAAUAUUACCUUAAAC